AUGAAUUGGACAGGCGGCCAGCUGCAACGUCAUCACAAUCGCUCAGGCCUGUUGACCAAAGCUCAGAAGCAAAAUUUUGCCAGGGCGAGACUCCAAAAGGGCACGGGCUCGAGCACUAGAGACAAGGAUGAGGAUGAGGAGGCAGAGACAACUGGAAAUCAAAUUACGGAAGAGCCGGCCUUACAUAAGACUGAUGGUCAGUCCUCUCAUAGUGAUGACUUGACCAUGGUCAAGCGCCAACUGCUGAAAGAACCUGAUUGGGCCGCUGUGUCUGCUACACGUCCACUCGAGCUUGCAUUUACAUCCGUGGAGGAAGUCGAGCGGUUUGGGAAGCGACGAAAGCUAAAUGACAAGGACAGAAAACGGCUGGUAGCAGCUAACAACAACGGGUCUACUUUUUUUGAGCGACCCAAACCCUCACGAAGAGGCAGACAUUCAUCCUUGGUGAUCGAUAGCAUUGAAGAAGACAUCCAGAUUGGGAUGAACGGACGACCCGUUGCGCAAUCUAAUGACAGCUCCGGGGUCGCCAUGAACAGCAUAUCAUCACAGUCAAUGCUACUUGACCAUGAAGGAUCUCCUACUGUGGAACAGGACAUAGGGAAAGAGAACCUGACAGCUACAUGGAUUACCAAUCUCUUUCCCCGCUCGCAACGACCCCCGCGCGGGGCUAUGCCCAGCAGUGUAUAA